AUGUUGUGGCCUAAGUUUGUUUGCUUUGCACUGGUUGGUCUGGCCUUUGGCCAACUUUAUCAAGUAGCCAGUGAAGAGACCAUCUCCAUUUGCCCCGAAAACUUCACCCAGGUGGCGGAUAAAUGCCUUUUAGUGGACAACAAGUGGAAGAACUUUUACGAAUCGGAUCGUCACUGUCGAUCUCUCAACGCUGAACUUCUGAGCAUUAAGAAUGUCAUUGAGCUUAAUGCCAUUAACGAAUGGCUGCCAAGUAUUGCACCAUAUCAACCAGAGUUCUGGACAGGCGGCAAUAAGCUGGGAGUGACCAGAAGUUACGAAUACUACUGGCAGAGCACCGGUGAGCUGGCUACUUAUCUUCCCUGGAAAGAGGGUCAGCCCACUCCCGCCAGCGGAGAUUGCCUCAAACUUCUGGCAAAUGUCACCAUGACUCCCGAAGAAGCCAUUUUGAGUGAACACCGACUGACUGUGGCCAACUGCACUCAAUGGGCAGGUCACAUCUGCCAGACUCCACUGCAAGUCUUCAAGACCCAGCUGUGUCUUAAUACCUCUGCUUUCUUCGAGGCCAGGAUUCCUGUUUAAUACAUUCUUUGGAAAUUCUGUUAAAUGGUGCUGCUUUUAAUAAAUCAAUAUUAGAUCAUUGUAAAUAACUUAUUUUGUAAUUCUUAUACUUAGUUAAGAUCUUCAAUAAAUAGAUAAAUAGAUUCCAGUAUAACAAAAUAA